GAGGAGGGAGCGGGAAGCGGCGCGCUCGGCGCGGCCCUCCCACGGCGCCCGGGCCGCAGCGCCAACGCUAAGUUUGCGCCCCUGGAGUUGGUGUCGGGUCGCGUCCCCCCGCCUCCUCGCACCUAGGUCCCCGGGAGUGAGGCGGCCGCGCGCCCCUCGGGGCGGCCACCCACGAACACUCGGGCGGGAGGACGCCCAGUAGAGUGGCGCGGGCCGGGGCGGGGGCAGCAGCCUCUCGAAGAUGCGGGAUGGCAACCGAGCCGCCGUCCAGCCUCUCCUACCGCACCACGGGCUCCACCUGCCUGCACCCGCUCAGCCAGCUCCUAGGCAUCCCGCUCGACCAGGUGAAUUUUGUGGCAUGCCAGCUCGUUGCUUUGUUUGCCGCUUUCUGGUUUCGUAUCUACUUAAGUCCUGGUAAAACCAGUCCCGAGGCCCGGCAUGCAUUUGCCACCAUUUUUGGCAUCUAUUUUGUCAUCUUCUGUUUUGGAUGGUACUCUGUACACCUGUUUGUGCUGGUGUUAAUGUGCUAUGGAAUCAUGGUCACUGCAAGCAUAUCCAAUAUUCACAGAUACUCCUUUUUUGUAGCAAUGGGAUACCUUACGAUAUGCCACAUUAGCAGAAUAUACAUCUUUCACUAUGGAAUUCUCACUACAGAUUUUUCUGGGCCUCUGAUGAUUGUCACUCAGAAGAUCACAACCUUGGCAUUCCAAAUUCAUGAUGGACUAGGUCAAAGAGCUGAAGACCUCUCUGCUGAGCAACAUCGACUUGCUGUAAAAGUAAAACCCUCUUUUUUGGAAUACUUAAGCUACCUUCUCAACUUCAUGAGUGUCAUAGCUGGCCCUUGUAACAAUUUCAAGGACUAUAUAGCCUUCAUUGAGGGGAGACAUACACAUAUGAAGUUGCUAGAAGUGAACUGGAAGCAAAAAGAUUUCCACAGCCUGCCAGAACCUUCUCCCACUGGAGCUGUGAUACGUAAGUUGUGCAUGACCUUGGUGUCCCUCCUCUUGUUUUUGACACUCACGAAGACCUUCCCUGUCACCUGCCUGGUUGAUGACUGGUUUGUUCAUAAAGCAAACUUUCCGACUCGACUUUGCUACUUAUAUGUUGUCAUGCAAGCCUCAAAGCCCAAAUAUUACUUUGCUUGGACGUUAGCUGAUGCAGUGAAUAAUGCAGCUGGCUUUGGGUUCAGCGGAGUGGAUAAGAAUGGAAAUUUCUGUUGGGAUCUGCUUUCUAAUCUAAACAUCUGGAAAAUUGAGACUGCCACAAGUUUCAAAAUGUACUUAGAAAACUGGAAUAUUCAGACAGCUACUUGGCUAAAGCGAGUGUGCUACGAGCGGGUCCCCUGGUACCCUACAGUGCUCACUUUCAUCCUGUCUGCCCUGUGGCAUGGUGUCUAUCCUGGGUACUAUUUCACCUUCUUAACUGGAACCCUUGUCACACUAGCAGCCAGAACGGUGAGGAAUAACUACAGACAUUACUUCCUUUCUUCAAAAGCCCUCAAGUUUGUUUAUGAUUUGGUCACCUGGGCUGUCACUCAGCUGGCCGUCUCAUACACGGUGGCACCCUUUGUUAUGCUGGCAGUUGAACCGACCAUCAGUUUAUACAAGUCCAUGUACUUUUAUUUACACAUCGUAAGUCUCCUGAUAAUACUAUUUCUGCCAGUCAGACCACAAGCUCAUAUUCAAAGGUGGCCUCAGACUCUGAACUCUGUUAAGAAAAAAACAGAUUGAUACCUCCAAGAAAAGCUGGACACGGAAAACCACAAAACAUUGGAAAGAUGAGAUGAAAAGGCUCGAGGAUUCUCCGGUGACUGAGGCAACGUUUACAUGCAUCUUUUUUUUUUUUUUUUUUUAAGUGCAGGGAGUAUUUUUAUAAUGCCUUUUUAUAUGAUUAAAUUGGCCAUGUCCAGUCGAUUCAUUUUAUUAUUUUAUAGGACAUUUGAGUGGUGUGGAGGUGUGUGGAGAAUGUGCCAGAGCUGCAGAAAAGGUUCAUUUUGGGCUGCUGGGUCUUUGCUUUUCUGGCAUGGUUUCCAGCCACUGAAAUCUGGAUGUUGGGACUCCAGAAGUUAGGUGAUUGCUGAGAAGCCUUGUCAUAGGUUUCUUAAAUUAGAACAUACCCACAUAUGGUUUUUCCUUGGGAAGCUUUGAAUCCUUUGACUUGUGACAUACUGUUUUGAACACAGUAACUGCACUCAGAAGACCAUGGAGGAGCAGGGUCAUGGAGGAUGUUUUUCAGGGUCCUGAAAACCCUAUGAGCCAGGAAGACUCACCGUGAACACUUGAAUGGACUGAAAGUCAGGCAUGCCCUAAAGUAGGCUGCAUUUUUUUUUUUUCCAGGGAUUUAUCUCUUCCCUUUUUUCUUCUGAACUGAGCCAAGAUUGGAAAUCAGAAAGUCUCCUGUACAUGUAUACCAGGAGUCUAGGAAGGGCUGCUAUUUUCCAGAUGUUUUUUCAUUUCACAUGUGCCAUCUGCUUGCGCAGGGUUGACCCUGAGAAAACACCCCAGAGUUCGCACCAUCAGAGGAAGUGGAAUGUCUUCUAAGAAAAUCAUUUUUUAAAAAAGUAAAGUUAUAUAGAAGUUUGGUAAGAAACAGCAGAUAUUUUGCUCUUUUCAUAGAGGUGUACAUGCUUAUGGCCAUGAUGUACACACAGGCUGACUUUCAUUUUCCACUUUCACAGCUAAUUAAAUCUGACCUUGUAUUAGUUGAACUAUCACGUUGGAAAGCAAAAAUUGAAAGACAAUUUUCUGUCUUUGCUAGGAAUGUGCCGUGGCUUCUUUGGGGGAUUUCUAUUGGGUAAUAUUCUACGUAGGAGAAAAAUAUGGUAUUAAAUGUUGUGGAAAAUAAUGAUGAUAAUAAAUUAUAUGCUACAAUGGUGUGCUGUCAAUCAAAUGCCUUGGGAGGAGAGAGAGUUUGUUCAAAUCAGAAGGUUAAAAAUUUCUUAUGAAAUAAAAAUUGUGUUUAUAUAAAGGGAA